GCGGUCCCGCUGUCGGUUCUUGUGUCACGAGCCUUAUCCGAGUCGCGGAGUGGAGGCUGGAGAAUUCUAGCGGACAUCAGUAACACAGGACAUCUCAUUUAACACGUUUAAUAGAGCAGGCGAUUAAUCUCAGAUCGAUGAUCGGCAGGUAACUCUGUCCGCUGAGUGUGUCCGGUUAGUCGGUGAUGUAUUCCACCAUUUGAAUGAUAUCGCUAGCCAGCUAGCUAGCUAGCUGUUGAGCUAGCUUUACGGUGCGUGACUCGAAGUAACUUAACGUUAUAGUGACGGACGUUAUUUUCAUUAACGCAUCUGACUACAUUCCUUCUGGAAACAUCCAUACAGAGUAUAUUUCUGCCCGAAGUCAGUCUUUUCUGCAUGUGUUGGCGUGUAGCUGCUAAUCCUAGCCCGAUCAGGAUUGAAUGAAAUAACGUUAGCUUGACAGAGGCAGCGGAAACGAGUCAGUUCACCGGGAUAACUUAUCCCGGGUUAACCACCGACAUCCAGCUAAUCUAGCUCAUGCUAACCGCGCUAGCCACCUACAGUCAUACCGUCUCAGUGAGCUGGUAGCUUGCGGUCAUUCACAGAGCUGCUUUAUAGACGUCAGGUUGGCCCUGUUCGGACCCGGGAGAGAAGCUGACCGUCAGUUUGGUUUAACGGAUCCGACCGGAGAGAAGACCCGAACCCGCAAACAUGCCGGCUGUGUCGAAGGGAGAUGGAAUGCGCGGAUUGGCGGUUUUCAUCUCGGACAUCCGAAACUGUGAGUCUCAUUUUUUUACUGCAAACAUGUACCAUAUAAGAGCACUGCAGCCAUCCUUGACCUCCCUCUGUUAUUACUGCUGUCACUAACGGUAGGAGCAGGGGCGCGUACGAAGUGGUGGCUCGAGCCCACCUUGCAGUCUGAUUGGCCACCCCAAGUGCCACCUUCAAAAUCCCAAACAGUGAUUGGCUAAUUAAAGGGAUGUUCCGGCGUAAAAUUAAUUUAGGGUCAAACACACCAUAACACUGAGUUAGACACCCCCUCCAGAGAUGAAUGUUGCCCACUGCUUACUUCUCUAGUUAAAGCAACUUUAGUAACGACCGCAGUAUAGCAAUACAGAGAGCCACGCGCUCAACCAAAACGCCACUCUAUAGCCACAAAUAAUGCUCAGAACAGCACCUAACUUCAUCAACAUAUAGGGUCCCAGCCAUAGCAUUAGCCACCUCAGUCCAAUCCCUUAUGGACUACAGCGGGGUGACGCAGCUCAAGGAAGAACAUUUAUGAUCAUAUCAUGGAAAUGCAAUCAGACCGGAACGCUAAGGCAGAGGAACUACGGCGUCAGCAGUGCAAAAUGAUUAAUAUAAUGAGUAUUACCUCAAGGAAAUGAUAAAGUAAUGGUUGUUUUGGUUGAGGUUUGUUUAUGGCUCCUCAAACCGCUGUGUAUUGCUAUCAUGCGGUCGUUGCUUAAGUUGGUAUAACUAGAGAAGUAAGCGGUCAUCAACAUUCAUCUCUUGAGGGGGUGUCUAACUCGGUGUUACUGUGUGUUUGACUCUAAAUUAGUUUUAUGCCGGAAUAUCCCUUUAAGUUGUCAGGGUAAGAAACUUCUGUUAAAGUCAACUACCUUAGAGACUCAUUUAUAGAGCGGGGCCUCUAUGUCAGGGCACCAAGCAGGGUUGUAUGUAGAAAAGAUACUAUAGCAUACUUGCCAACACUCCUGUUUUGCAAAAUGAGAACUUCAGUGAAAGGGAAACAAACAUGAGAUAUAACACUUACAUUGAUAGUCUUGUACUGUCUCGGAGUGAUGCGUUCAGGGCAGCCUCAGAUAAAAGAGUGCUGUAUUGCACACACAGAUGUUCAGAGAGCCUCAUAUGGGAGAGCAUGUAAAACAUGCGAGGACUGUAACACUAAUAUUCGUGUACUAAAUAAGUUCAAGGAAUAUCAUAACUAUUAUUUUUAUAUUACCAUUUGGUAUUGUUAACACAAAACAAAAAAAGUGUGCAGCUUCACUUAUACUUAUUUGGAUGAGCAAUUUAACUACAAAUACUCUCAUAAUGAGCUCAUAUCCAUCAUACAAGGUAACCCCAAAACUGCCCGGUGCGCCAAGCAAAUAUCUCCCUGAUUUUUUUAUCCCAAAUGUUGGCAUGUAUGUUCUAUAGAAACCCAUCAAAUUUCCCAAUCUUCUUAUCUAUCUGUUAUUGAUACAUAUUUUUCAACAUGUGGUGCUUUUUGAUGACAUGCAUGAUGCUCAGUAUUGUGAAUAUACUGUCAAGCUGUCGAGGAAGGAGAACGAAUAAAUGCAAGAGUCAAAGAGGACAAAAGUGAGGAUGGGAAACUAAAAUGAGAUGUUCACUCGAGAAAUUUUUGUGCUCUUCUAUGAUGUCUGUCACUGUCAGUCAAUGCGUGAUGUGGGCUGCAGUCUAGAGUCCUGGUUAACAGGGACAGCUGUCAUGAACAUGCAUCUGAAAAUUAUCAUAUAACAUGUUAAUAUCCUGACACUCAAUUAGGAGCGAAGCCACAAACUGAACAACAAUCUUUAUUUUAGAACUGAUGGUAUCUCACAUGUGCUGCUAGUAUCUUCCUUUGCAUUUCAAUCAUGUUAUGGGACUAAACUAAACAAAAAAAACGAACAAACAGACAAAAAUUUAAUUAUUAAGAGAAGUGUAUGAGAGGGAUCAUCUCCUGUGUACAGCCUGACUGUCAUGAAUACAUGUAUUGGCUGUGCAAAUAAUAAUAACCUCUACGUGACCUCCUACUGACUAUAACAUGCAAAGAUCAAUGAUAAGGUUAAACUGGGCCACUGUCAACAGUAAUUAAAAUAUAUGUUGAUAUUGAUUGUGAUAUUGAUCUCAACUUUCGAUUGUAGUUAAAUGUUUGGACCUAUUAUAAAUAAAUGAUUGAUCGGGUAUCAGUAGUUUCUUUCUACUUAAGUUGCCGUUCAAUCAGCUGAUACGCUCACUUAGUUUAUACUUUAUUUCUCAAAUACCUCAUGAGAACAAAUGGUUAAAUAGCUGAAUUGAUGUUUUCCUGCAGAGUCAUUUCACUUUGCCAUCCUCGUUGCACAGGUGUCUCAAACAGUAAUUAGAUGUGAGCUGUCUUUGUGUAAACAGGCUCAUCUUUCAUAAAUACAGUCACACUGUUUAUUGGACAUUUAACUCUGAUCCCUCAAGCUGUCACACACACAACUGUCACUUUUAAGCUCAUACCCAACUGUGUCUGGAAACAGUAUUUUGUCGUUGUUAUUGUAUUUGAGCGUUGGAUCAUUUCAGAGUUUUGAGAGCAUAACAACAAAACAUCUAUUUGUGAAGAUCCUGGAGUUGUGAGUUAUUAAGAAAGCUUCUUUAAUCACUGCUAACAUUGGGGCCUGUCGCUCACACAGACAGGUGUCAGGGUCAGCAGUGAGUGUGUGCACCGUGUGUACCUGCAGGCUUUGUAACUAUUACUAACUGAGAGGUAGUUAAUGUUAAUCAGAGGGGCACGCUGUGUCUCAGUCAGCCGACAUGUAUCAGUAAUUAUUCCUCUGGGUUGUACGUCCCAGUUGUUCACUCAGAGCCACUUCCAUCUUUAUGAACUGUUUUGACCACAAACUGACAGUGUAUCCUUUAUACUUGUCAAAUAGGUCUUUAAAAUGCAUCUGUGCAGUGUCUUGGCAGUAACCGCUGGACCGCAGCCCCUCUACGCUAAUUCAGAGGAGCUUAAAGAGAUUUCCCGUUUUAUUCUGUCAUCUCUCAUUGUGUUUGAGAAACUGAAGCAGACUUUUGCACAGGUGUUCAGUAAAUGUGUGGUUUUAAAGACUGUUGAAACAGUGAGCUGGUCUCCACAGAUGGAAACUCUGUGUUGUUUGUCGUGAACGGCGCUGAGGGCGAGCAUCCUGUCUGAUGAGAGCUGGACUCUAACAGCCUCUCAUGUGGUGGUUUUGGCUCCUCAAACCGUUUAAUUAAAGUCGUAAACACCAAGUUUUUCUGCACAGAUAUGAAACAUUUCUACACAGAGAGCAAAGAAAUCCUUGAGUGAGAAUAAUAAGUGUUUGUUAAUAUGAUAGAUUGGUGUAAUAAUGCAAAUUACAUGCUGGGAAAGAAACAAGUCUUUUUGUCACUCAACAUAUAUCAAAGAAUAAUUCUUAGAUUGUCUCAAACAGGCGCUGAAAAUAUGUUUUUGCUCCUCUAUCACUGUUUGCAGGUCACUGAACAUGUCUGUGGUCCACUCUGUCUGUCUGUCCAUCACUUGUAAAAUUUAUAAAGAAAACUGGUGCUCUGUCAAAUUUGAGUCAGUAGUACUUUCUCAAAUUUUCGGUCCUUGCUCUUUAUCCUGGGGUAUUUCCAUCCUAAUCCAUCUGCCACACUGACCUGGAUUUUCACCCGUCACAGACCACAUUUACCUGUACCUGACAGGUGGCAGGUGCUUAUUUUAAUCCCUGGUUCCUGGCUCCAAAUUUGCAUUUUUACUGUGCUUCUAUGUGGGGAAAAACAAGUGAUUUUCCAUGAUACUAACUGAAGUUAUUUCUCAACCUGUAUACUCAGGCUCCUCAGAUGUUUUCCUUUUUGAAUGUUGCAGCUGUUCCCUCCAUUUGUGAAGGUGACACACUGUGUUACUGUCUUACCUGUCCUCUUAGGUAAGAGCAAGGAGGCCGAGAUCAAACGCAUCAAUAAAGAGUUGGCCAACAUCCGCUCCAAGUUCAAAGGGGACAAAGCUCUAGACGGAUACAGCAAGAAGAAAUAUGUCUGCAAGCUCCUCUUCAUCUUUCUGCUCGGACAUGACAUCGACUUCGGUCAUAUGGAGGCCGUCAACCUGCUGAGCUCCAACAAAUACACAGAGAAGCAGAUUGUAAGUGUCACAAUGUGUGUGUGGUUCAUGGAGUUCGCAGAGCUCCGAGUCUUAUCUCCACCUUUGUCAUAUCCCCAUCCUCAUAUAUGUUUACAGCUUUGCCUUAUUUUAGAUACUUUGCAUCUGAUCUACAUUUAUGACUAAUACUGCAAUGAUCUAACCAAUCAGAGCGGACGUAUCAAGAGUUGUACCUUCAGGACCUAACAUGACCCCUUCUGUUAAAAAUGUGUGAUUCUUAAACCUGUGACCCUCCUCUUUAAUUAGAAAUAUCAGCGUCAUGAGCACCUCUAAUAAGUCUGUCUUACACGCACUAACAUUGAUGUGUGUUGUCAUGAUAAGUCGGCCUGAGAAAUCAAUUCAAAGUUGGCAGGAACUCAAGUCUGAACUGAAUCAUUAUGGAAUAUUUGGCCCGCCGAGCCGUUCUCAGAAGCCCUCAGCUCGACCGGUAAACGGAGUCAAUACAAGAAUCGGAGAAUCUGAAUAUUCAUCGAUCGAUGUUGGCCUCGCUUUGUUUAGCAGGUGUUAUUGAUCACACUGAGUUUUAGAUCAUUUAAACCCUGUCUGCUCUGGCACAUGUGAUCAGGGGUUGAAGUCUGUCAGAGUCAGUGACCAGCGUGUUAUUACCCUUAUACUGCUGCUACCUCAUAAAUCAUGCUCACUAUCAGCUGGUAGACGGUGCUGUUUCAGAGUUUGUCUAACCCACAUUGGGUCCCCGGAUCUAGACUACCAUUUAGGGUCAGGUUUAUGUUGAUGUAUUUAUGUUUAUGUAUUUCAAAUAAGCAAACCAAAAAUAUAUAAAAGUAAGGCAAAACAUUUAAACAUAAAACUUAGAAAUACAUAUUAAAAAAGGAGUGAGAAGAAGAACAACUUAUGAACUCCCAAAAAACUCCUCCUUGUCCGAAUUAAAGUGUAUUUUUCCCCUUAAAUUAUGACUUUCCUCAUACAUACUGAAUAAUUUCUGUAUAUUUAUUGGUAGAUGGUUAUUUUUAACUUUUAACAUAAUUUGAGCUGUUUGAUAUUCCACAAUAUCUGUGAAUUUUAACAACUUGGAAAACUGCAGAAAUAAGAAGUGUGUGUUCCUGAUAGCCAACAUUGUGUUUAACUCGUACUGCUCUUUUUUGAACGGUACAGCUGUGAACCUUUAGUCACAGCUGAACGUUUUUCACAUAUUACCUCUGAUCUGCAAGUUCUGAUGGAAACAGUACAAACCUGCCGUCCAGUCGGUUGAAGUGAGACCUCAUUGUUCUCUAAAAAGAUGGCUUCCCCGAUCCAGCACCUAUUAACCUAUAAAACUGCAGAGAGGUGCAAGAGACUGCUUCAGUGUGCAAUGCAUGCUGGAUACACAGAGAGGCAGAGUCGAUCUAGCACUGUCAUCUUAAAACCCUUUUCUUCCUUGUGAGGUGAUAAUCACACUCAAAGAAAACAGGCAAAUGUAGAAAAUUUGAUGCUUUUUUUCGUCACAUUCGCAGCCGUGUGAUAAAAUGCAGCUGGGACUGCUGUCAUGCAAGAGCCCACUCAGACAGAGUCAUUCCUGAGAGGUUCAGAUAAAAGACUGCGCCAUUGUGUUUUUCUCCCGGAGGUCCCGUCACACCUGAAUCAGGAGGAAUCUGAAGGUUCGAUCUGAUAUCUGCCUGAAGUUCUCCUUUUUCAAAGCAUUAGUGAGAUGGACAAACGGUGUCGACGUUAAAGCAGAACAGAAAGCUCAGAGACUGAAACAGCUUCCAGAUUGUGCGGUUGACGGUUUUCUCAGGAACAGGAAGUGUUUGCUCAGCAGAAUAAAAUCAAGUCAGGAUCUUUGGAGCAGCUGGUUUUCAGCAGAAUUACCUCAGACUGAAGUUCCUAUUGUCUAACCCUCUCAGUGAGGACACUAACAUGUAGUUUGGCCUGAGGAUAGAAACCAUGAACCAAAUGUACCAACCGCAGCGAGAGAUGUCUGACAGGAUGACCCCCUGCUUUCAUAACCCACCCAGUGAAAAGGGUUUGUUUAGUCCUGCCCAUUUUAAGACGGGCUGGACGGGAGAUAGAGAGCAGAUGCUAACGACCAAAAGGAGCUGCUAUCUGUCACCUCACAUGUUCAUCAGAGCUCAGAGAUAAAGAACCAAAGCUGUGUGUGUGUGUGUGUGUGUGUGUGUGUGUGUGUGUGUGUGUCUGUGUGUUUAAGUUAGUGUCUGUCCCUGCUGGAGUUCAACCAUCAGAGGAGGAUGCUGCAGCUGCAGUGUCAUUGAACGCAAUCAUAUUAGGUGUUAUUAUUUUUAUAGACCAGGGACUGCAGAUAAAAACUUAGCCUUGUAAGGCUAAAUUUUGCAAACACAGGACUGUCAAUCUGAAGAGUCUCUUUUUAUAGAAAAUAAACAUUCAUUAAAAAGGCGCAUAAUCCUUUAAAUCACCCUUAUUGUAACUCCAAACCAUGUAUUUAGACUGAGGGCUCCUCGUGUUGUGAGGCAGGACACCUUUAGUUUUAUAUAAACUCAAAAUAAGACAUCUGAGAAAAAGCCAACAGUUUUCCUUUCAGUGGAAAUGAAUAAAACAUAUUUUAUUUGCAGGAUUUAAACUACAAAAGAGUUUAUUUUUCUGAAUGCUGUCAGUCUUUUCGUUGUUUGUUCACAGGCUUGAACCGUAUUUGUGUGACUUUGACCACAAUGAUCCAGCUAACCGCCAUGUUAACACCACAGGCUUCAAACUUUUAGGAAAGAUCAAUAAUGUGAUUGAUUUAUGAGGAAGGACAUUCAUUCAUCAUGUUGACUACACACACAGUCUUGGAUUUGUAGAUCACACUGCGCCCAGAUUAAGAAGAUUCAUCUUGAGCUGUUUGGCUCCUGAUUCAAAGGUCAAAGGUUAAAGGAGUCAGAUUGUUGCAGAAACAUAAAUAUGAUAUUAAACUCUAUAAAGAAUCAUUCUGACAAACCCGGGUCUUAGUUUAGUGCCACCUGCUGGUAUGAAAGCAGAAUGACUCCUCACUCUGACGCUCUGACGCUCAUGUUGUGUUUCUGCUGCAGCUGGGUGGGUUCUGGAAAAUGUGAUGUUGGACAGACUCACGGCUUUAUGAAGGUCUCUACAGUUUAAUCCCAUGAUGCAGUUUGAAUCCACACCUGUUUGGAAUGAAAGUCAGCCCCGAGGAUUUACUGCUCCACCACAGCGUCCAAGUGGAGAACUGGCCGCACACUUUCUCUCUGAUGGAUGUAAUAAAAUCUCUCCUGUGUGUCUCUGCAGGGUUACCUCUUCAUCUCAGUCCUAGUCAACAGCAACAGUGAGCUGAUCCGUCUGAUUAAUAAUGCCAUCAAGAACGACCUGUCCAGCCGUAACCCCACCUUCAUGUGCCUGGCCCUUCACUGCAUCGCCAACGUGGGGAGCCGCGAGAUGGCCGAGGCCUUCGCUAGUGAGAUCCCCCGGAUCCUGGUGGCUGGGUGAGUGCGGGCGGAUUAAGAUAAUUCAGAUUUUGUUUCUUGAAUCUAAAUCAUCAAUGACUGAUCUUCUGGUCAUGUGACCCGCAGAGAUACGAUGGACAGCGUAAAACAGUCAGCUGCUCUGUGUCUGCUGAGGCUCUAUAAGACCUCACCUGACCUGGUGCUGAUGGGGGAGUGGACGUCUCGAGUGGUUCACCUGCUGAAUGACCAGCACAUGGUGAGAGUGUUGAUGUUUGUCUCCUUUCAUGACAUUAUUUAUAAUUAAUAACUGAUGAUGAUGGUGACGAGUUUGUGUGUGUGUUUCAGGGCGUGGUAACAGCAGCUAUCUCCCUCAUCACCUGUCUGAGCCAGAAGAAUCCAGACGAGUUUAAGACCUGCGUGUCUCUAGCCGUGUCCCGACUCAGCAGGGUGAGUGAGCGAGAACAACCGUGGAAUUAAGAGCACGAAAAGCCGGAAAUGAAUGCAUGUGAUCUGAAGUUUUGUGAUCAGUUUUGUUCGGUUUUGUUUGUUUCUUGCAGCUCUGACUGCUGAUUAAACCGUGUCGUCUGUAACAUUUAAAGAGGCAAAAAGCAGCAGAGCAGAAAUAUUAAUUCUGACGUCUUUAAAGAGACGCAGCUCUGAGCGGGAAGGUUUUUUUUAAGAGUAACAGCUCCGAUUCAGCACAGAAGUGAGUUUCUGUUUAUGGUCUAAGCAGAGACUCGUUCAAAAAAAGUUACAAUAUUUUUAUCUUUAUUUUCAGAUUUUUGAAAUACAGAUAAAUUUUUCGCGUGUUAUUCUUUGUAUUAGGUUUCUGUAAUGAAAAUUUUUUUCUUCCCUUCUCAGUUGACUUUAGAUAUUCAGAUAUUUGCAGAACUUUGACUGUGCAGACGGUUUUAAAAAAGCACCUUCUCGUCUAAAACCUCCUGAGUCUGCAGAAUCUGAUCUGACUCCUCUUGUAUUCUCUGUGAACAGCUCUCUGCAGAAACAGCAGCUCUGCCUCUUUAUCUAUUUCAUGUCUGAUCACCGCCUCCGUGUUCGCUCUGCAGAUCGUGUCGUCGGCCUCCACCGACCUGCAGGACUACACAUACUACUUUGUCCCUGCGCCGUGGCUCUCCUGCAAGCUGCUGCGCCUGCUGCAGUGCUACCCUCCCCCAGAGGAUGGCGCUGUCAAAGGCCGCCUGGUCGAGUGUCUGGAGACCAUCCUCAACAAGGCCCAGGAGCCCCCCAAGUCCAAGAAGGUUCAGCACUCCAACGCCAAGAACGCCAUCCUGUUUGAGGCCAUCUCGCUCAUCAUCCACUACGACAGGUGAGCAGAAACACCACUCAUUCAUCAUCUUCUGUUUAAAGAGGACUUUUAAAACUCUCAGUCUCCAUGGAAACGUGAUCCUUUUAAAUUCUCCUCUUCCCGUUUGUCAGUGAGCCGAACCUGCUGGUGCGAGCCUGUAACCAGCUGGGCCAGUUCCUGCAGCACAGAGAGACUAACCUGCGUUACCUGGCUCUGGAGAGCAUGUGCACUCUGGCCAGCUCCGAGUUCUCUCACGAAGCCGUCAAGACGCACAUCGAGACCGUCAUCAACGCCCUCAAGGUGGCGCCGCACACCAAAGACAGACACUUAACACUCAUCGGUCUUCUUCAAACUUUGAAAUGAAGUUUCCUUCUUUACGUCAAGUUCUCAUGAUUUGUCCUCCUCGUGUUUCUCUGCAGACUGAGAGGGAUGUGAGUGUUCGACAGAGAGCGGCCGAUCUGCUGUACGCCAUGUGUGACCGCAGCAACGCCAAGCAGAUCGUAGCCGAGAUGCUGAGCUACCUGGAGACGGCGGACUACUCCAUCCGAGAGGAGAUGGUGAGUGUGACAGAGCGGGACACGCUGUCGUGUUUUUGAGAGUUUUCCUCGACAGGAGGAGCUGUAACCGGCUCUGUCUCCCUCCGUCAGGUGCUGAAGGUGGCCAUCCUCGCAGAGAAGUAUGCUGUCGAUUAUUCCUGGUACGUGGACACCAUCCUGAACCUCAUCCGCAUUGCUGGAGACUACGUCAGUGAGGAGGUCUGGUACCGUGUCAUCCAGAUCGUCAUCAACAGAGAUGAUGUGCAGGGCUACGCCGCCAAGACGGUCUUUGAGGUACCACAGCGUGAGAACUGAGUCAGGCCGUGUGCUUUGGUUGAAUUGAAACUUUUAAUCUGAAGGUUGAUUUUCUGUUGAUGGUCUUUGAUUUAAAUCGGAUCCAGACUGAUCAGGAAGUCCUAACAGCUGCUGAGCUCUGACACAGUCUCAUCUGUGGUUGUCUCCUGCAGGCCUUGCAGGCUCCUGCCUGCCAUGAGAACAUGGUGAAGGUCGGAGGCUACAUCCUGGGAGAGUUUGGAAAUCUUAUUGCUGGUGACCCUCGAUCCAGGUACGUUUGUUUCAGCAGCUUCAGCACCAGACCAGCAGCCUAAAUCAUCAUCAUCACUAACCCCGGCUGUCCUUUCUUUCAGCCCUCUGGUCCAGUUUAACCUUCUUCACUCCAAGUUCCACCUGUGCUCGGUGCCGACCCGCGCCUUGCUGCUGUCCGCCUACAUCAAGUUUAUCAACCUGUUCCCAGAGACCAAGGCCACCAUCCAGGAGGUGCUGCGCUGCGACAGCCAGAUCCGUAACUCAGAUGUGGAGCUGCAGCAGAGAGCUGUCGAGUAUCUAAAGCUGUCCUCCAUCGCCAGUACCGACGUCCUGGUAAGUUCUGACAAGCGAAUCUGAUCAGAACCUGAAUCUUCUGCUUAUCUACCAAUCAGCAGCAGCUCUGCUCUCGCUGCACAGGAUGUGAGUUGUUCUCCACCGUGUCUCCUCAGGCCACCGUCCUGGAGGAGAUGCCUCCGUUCCCAGAAAGGGAGUCGUCCAUCCUGGCUAAGCUGAAGAAGAAGAAGGGGCCUGGCGCCGUUUCUGUGACAGAGCUGGAAGACAACAAGAGGGAGGGCGGGGAGCUCAACGGUGGAAGCGACCGGGGACCCGACACAUCUGCUAUGGCCGCCUCUAACGCUGUGAGUCCACCCUCCGUCCUCAGAAACAAACACUUACCUGAACUCUCAGCUGCUGUGACACUAAUCCGUCUCCUCUGCCCGACAGUCCACCCCCUCCCCAUCUGCAGACCUCCUGGGGAUUCGUUCUGCAGCUCCUGUUGGUGCUGCUCCAGCCAGCGCCGGCAGCCUAUUGGUCGAUGUGUUCUCUGAGGCGGGGCCUGCUGCACCCUCUGCUGCUGUGAACGAUGACGGCUUCCUCAGGUGAGCUCUCUUUAUCUGUCUGCUUGAUCGAGCUCUACAUAAACCAAAGUGAUGAACUCGAUGACAUGAGGAGAGGUUAGGAGUUUAUCUAGUAAUUAAACAUGAAGUUUUGUCUUUAUUAACUAGUUAAACACUUUUUUUUAACUAACUAAGGAAGUUCUUUUUUCUUCAGGUUUCCAUAGAUACUAAGUCUGACCCAGUACUUCUAGUUACCUAAUAUAUAUCUAAUCCAUCUGGACCAAAUUGACCCCUGAGGGUCUUAAGUCAGACCUUAAACCUGAUCUCCAGAUGACUUAGAUAGUUUGAUGACUUUUACAGACUGUCAGUUUGAGUUCAUCUAGAUCCACAGGCGGAUUCUGACUCCCUGAUACUGGACUGGGCAGACCCGGUCUUAGCUUUGAGGCCCCUUACAUUUGAAUGUUUCCUGUCUGAAACGGUGUAUUGUUAUAUUGUGUUGUUUGUGGUGUGUUUGUGCUGUUUUAACUCUAUGCAGCUAACUGUACCGUGUCUGCUCUUUCUUUCUUUGCUCUAUCUUUGUCUAAUAUGGACCUGCCCACCUGGAGACGUUUGAAUUCACACGUUAUCCUAAAGUUCUUUUCUCGUAGUGUCAGAAUUAAUAUCAUGUGUUCAGCAGCAUUUGCAUCUUUGUAAUGCUAUUCCGUGAGCUACACAUACAGCGGUAAAGCUCAGAUGUGAAGUAUGAUGGAUUAACUGCACAUGUGGAGCCACUCAGAGGGAUAUUCCAGUGUAAAAUUAAUUUAGGGUCAAACACACCAUAACAAUGAGUUAGACACCCCCUUGAGAGAUGAAUGUUGCCGACCGCUUGCUUCUCUAGUUUGACCAACUUUAGUAACGACCGCAGGAUAGAAAUACACAGAGCAACACGCUCAACUAAAACGCCACUCUAUAGCCACAAAUAAUGCUCAGAACAGCACCUAACUUCAUCAACAGUACAUAUAGGGUCACAGACAUAGUACUAGACACCAAACAUCUUUUUAACUUUUUUUUAACUAAUUUCUUUAACAAAGAGACUAAACACAACUCACCUACUCUCUUCCAGUCCAUUACAGACUACAGCGGGGUGCCGCAGCUCAAGGAAGAACAUUUAUGAUCAUUUCUUUAUCAUUUCCUUGAAGUAAUAAUCAUCAUAUUAAUCAUUUUGCUCUGCAGACACGGUAGUUCUUCUGUCUUAGCGUCUCGGUCUGAUUGUAUUUCCAUGAAGAAAUGAUCGUAAAUGUUCUUCCUUGAGCUGCGACACCCCGCUGUAGUCCGUAAUGGACUACGGUUAAUGUAUGAUUACGACCCACUGAGGAGGGAAAGCAUCUUUCAUAAGGAGUCAUAUGGACUUCCGGUCAUUUCAAACAGCGGCCCUUGUCGAAUGCUCCUCUCCGAUGUUUUAGUUUCCUCAGUUCCAGGUUAGGUUUGGUCAGAGUGGAGCAUGCUCAGUUGUUUUUCCCUCUAUUAGCAAUCUGGUUUACACUCACCUGCAUGUCACAUGACUAGAUUUUAAUCUCAGCGUUUGAGGUUUGAAAAUCUCAUUAUAUCAUAUUGAGAUGUUCAGGGAGCAGCUCACCUUUUAGAUGACUAAACAGGCACCCAAAGCAUUUCUUCUACUCCAAAUAUUACGGUAAAAUUGAAUCUAGUCGAAGGAUUUUGAGUAUUUUCUUGUUUUUGUGUCUCCACGGUCGGCAGGUCCGCUACACUUGUCUGUUCUUUAAUCUUGCUGUGUAUGUGACUGUCUUUCGUCUUUUUUUCUCUUCUUCCCUUCUCUCCAUUUUCCUGUGUGUGUGUGUGUGUGUGUGUGUGUGGGCGCCUGUGUGUGCGCGUGUGUUUUGAUUUGAAUGUGUGUCCGUCUCCCGUCCUCCUCUGUGAUUGGACACUGACAGAGAUCUGGAACAGCCCACCGAGACCUCUGACUCCCUAUUGGUGGAGGGUUCUGGUGACUCGGAGUAAGGGCCUGUAGUGAAGUACAGAGUUAGAUAGAAGACUACAAACAUGGCGGCUCUGCUCUGUGUUUGUAGGACAGGCUGUUUGUCUUUAAAGUGAACAUGAUGUUGGGAAUAUAAACGCAGUGAUGAAAGGGGAGCUUGAUGCACAUGAGCCACAAAGCCACAUAAAAACACAACAUAACAUAAAAAGACAUGGAUGGAAAAACCGACUAGUCGUUAAACCUGAUGUAUUUACUGUAUGUAAGCACAUCUAAACAACCCUGCUACCAUUGAAGGAGUGAAACUGUAGACUCCAAACCUCUAAAUAAAACUGUGAUGAACUGCAGCCGGUUAAAAGUGAAGUAAACAAACACAAAGUCGAAAUGUUCAUGGCAUCAAGCUGAAUGUGUAGACUGUAUUUUUGUGUUUCUUAACAUGUGAACAGUAGGAUGUAGUUUGUGAAUCAUUUCCUCUUUGACUCGAGCACACAGGAUCCCGAAUAAAACAUCUGCUGAUUCGACCGUUUCUACAAAGGUCAACCCUCCGAACAGUGUGGUGGUAAAAUGAAGUUAUUACUGCUGCUGCUCCAUCUGCAUCAUUAUUAACAUACACACUGUGUAGUUCCAGCAGGUGAAGUCCAGAGCAGCAGUUUAAGCAGAGUUUUCAUCCUAAUGACUUACACUUAUUAGGGCUGUCAGUGUUAACUCAUAAGGGUCAUUAAGAUCUGAAAUUAACAUCAUUUUUCAAUAUUUGAACACUAAUGUUGAACCACUGGAGCGUCCUUUAGCUGCAACUCAGUCGAAAAAGCCAAAAGAAAUAUAAACUUAGUUUCACCAGAAGUCUGUUUCACACCAGACGUCAGCGACACUAAAGUCACCAGAUCUCCCGUUUGAGUCGCCGCUGAGCUGUAGAUGAAACUAGAGGAAAGAAAAAACUGAAAGAAAUAUAUGAUGAUAAAUAUAAAGAUAAACUGGAACUCCUGAAAACUGCAGCUGCUGUUAGAUGAACUAACCAGGGAUCACUGGAGGUCAGUGAGUUAUCAAAGCUAUCUUAGAAAAACCAUUUCAACACUGACUGAGCAUUUUCAUCAUGUCCUUCCACAUGUUUUAACAGAGUUUUAGAUUCACCACUACAGUUGGAUUAACUGGGAUUUAAUAUUGAAACUCUGUGAUUAAUCAGAAUUAGCCCAAACAAUAAUAUAAAUUAAAAUCCAGUGGGUCCAGUCCGUUCAAACUCUCAGCAUCAUAAUCAAUACUCCUCCCUUAUAUGAGAGGAAGAUUAUUUACUUUAUUUAUUCUUUUGUAACAGGUAAACUCCUUUUAUUAUGCUGCUGUUUCAUUUCUUAUCCCGUGUGCUCGAGUGAAAACAGAGGAGCUAGUCUAACUCUGAGUAUUUCAGUGUUCAGCAGAAAUAAUCUGUCACUGUAAAGAUUUUGUUGUUUUUGUAUAAACUGCUUUUACUAACCUCUGCCUUUUCUCUUCUCUCCUUCUCUCUUCUGAUCUGGUGUUUCUCUCUAACCGCUCUGAUCUCUCUGUCGCUCUGCGGAUGAUUUGUCAUCCCUUCACUCAUUCACCCUGUGGUCUCUCUGUACCCUUCCUCACCUGGGCUCAUCCUCCUCCUCCUCCUCCUCCUCCUCCUCCUCUGUCCUGUGGUCUCUCAGCUCUGCUCCUCCCUCUGAGGAUCCUGCUGCUCCUCUGCCUGAGGCAGAUGACCUCCUCAACAAGUAAGCUUUCUCUCCGUGUGUCUGCUGGGCUGCAGCUCUGCAUGUCGUCUGUAGGGGUGGGGGGGUGGAUUCAUUAUGAUACUAAGAACGAUAAAGCAUGCAUGAUGAUCUUUGGUGAUUAAUUGAUCUGUUCUGAUUGGCUGGUGGGUUCCUGUUGCUGAAUUGAUCACUUAAUCUGUCAGCCAUCCUGAAUGAAAUAAUGAAAUAUUUAUCCUCGUGUGUUAAAUCUGAUUAAAUGUGAUGAUUGUGAUCUGGUUAAAAACUGAAUUUAAUCCUUUUAAUUUGAUGAUUUUAAUACUUUGAUGUGACUAAAAUUCUUUUAAAGGUGUUGUAGUCAUGAUCUGAGGAAGUUCCAGUUUUUAGGAGAAAUCUUGAAUGUAAACUCGACCCCUCAGCUCCUCCUCUCCCCUCAAGCCCCGCCCACAAACAGACACUUUUUUGUAAACACACCAUAAAAAGGUGCUUCUUUAACAGAUUCCUGUCUACCCCACCUUUAAUAUGUUUACCUGACAAAAAUCAACUGAAUUUAUUUUAACUGAAUUUAUCGUUAAUCUUGUACUAAAGAAGUAAACUUCAACAAAUCCAUAUUUAUUUGAUCUUAUUUGGACCACACAUGAAAACAAACCACAGAGAGAGACAGAGAGAGUCCCUGACAUGUUGUUGAGCUUCUGUAAUAAUCUCAUUACCGGUUAUUAGAAAGCUGCAGCCUCUUUCCUGUUUAUACACCGAUAAUGACACUAAAGGAAUAAACCAGUUUGAAUGACUAAUGAAGCCGAGGACCAGGAACCAGAAGAUAGAAACAGAGAACCUGAUACUGGGUCUCCUGCAGCAGCUGUAAAAGUCAGAUCAACAUGUUAUCGGUGCCUAACUCUGCGAGUUUGUUCAACCUGCAGGUUUGUGUGCAAGAACAACGGAGUUUUGUUUGAGAAUCAGCUGCUACAGAUCGGCAUCAAGUCAGAGUAUCGUCAGAAUCUGGGUGAGUGGAGCUGCAGGUGCUGUCGGGGGCGUGGCCACGUUUAUUUGACGUUUGUUUCAUGUCUCCUCUAUGAAGCAAAACCCACAUGUGUAAAUGACCCCGAAUAUGUGUGUGCGUCUCUCAGGGAGGAUGUACUUAUUCUACGGUAACAAGACGUCAGUGCAGUUCGCCAGCUUCACCACCACAGUCAGCUGUCCUGGAGAGCUGCAGUCUCAUAUCCUUUCACAGACUUUUAACUCUUUAACGACUAUAUAUGCUCAUCUUCAUUCCAGCGACACAUCCAAAUAAAGUUUCAAACACUCCAGAACUUUUGUAACGCUUCCUAACUGAUGAGGUUCAUUUGCAACAAGUUUUGGGUCCUUGACAGCCGUCCACAGCUCAACGUUCAGACCAAACCUGUGGAGCCGCUGGUGGAGGGCGGAGCUCAGAUCCAACAGGUCCUAAACAUCGAGUGUCUGACCGACUUCUCUGAAGCUCCGCUGCUCAACAUCAAGUUCAGGUGAGCUGCUACGGUCGGACUCUGAUCCUGUGUUCUCAAAAAUCUCUAGUCUAAAUAUAAAGAUCCAGGAGGAGAAGUUUAACUCUCUGAAAUGUCACCAUAGAGACCAUGUAGACUGCUGUGUGUUCACGUGUGUGUACAUAUCUGUGUGUGUGUGUGUGUGUGUGUGUUCAGAUACGGUGGAGCUCUGCAGAACCUGACCCUGAAGCUGCCCGUCACCAUUAACAAGUUCUUCCAGCCCACUGAGAUGGCCUCACAGGACUUCUUCCAGCGCUGGAAACAGCUCAGCCAGUGAGUCUCUCACUCCGUGUGUGUGUGUGUUUAUGAUUGUGUGUUAGUGAGUGUGUAUUUGUGCGUUAAAAGCUGACGUCUCCUGUUUAAACUCCUGUCAGGCCUCAACAAGAAGCACAGAAGAUCUUCAAAGCCAAUCACAGCAUGGACACUGAAGUCCUGAAGGCGAAGGUAACGCUCACUCACCUGUCUGCUUCUCCAGCUGCAGGUGAUCUUCACACCUGUCAGUGUAUAGACCACACCUCUGCAGAACUUUAACGGCACUUUUCUGAUGUUUUAAAGCUCUUAAAGAUAAUGUGUGUGACUGUGUGUGUGUGUGUGUCUGUGUGUGUGUGUGUGUGUGUGUGUGUGUGUGUGUGUGUGUGUGUGUGUGUGUGUGUGUGUGUCUGUGUGUGUGUGUGUUCAGCUGCUGGGACUGGGAACAGCCCUGCUAGACAACGUCGAUCCAAACCCAGAGAACUACGUGUGUGCUGGAGUGAUCCAGACCAAGGGCCAGCAGGUGGGCUGUCUGCUGAGACUGGAGCCCAACGCACAGGCACAGGUACAGGUACACACGCGCGCACUAACACACACACACACACACACACACACAAACACACACACACGCACACACAUGCAUGCAGACGACUUACAAAAAUAAGCACCCAGACUAUGUCCACAUGUUUUAGUGUGUCAAGUUGAGUCUAGACCAGCGGUUCUCAACUGGUUGUACUCUGGGACCCACAUUUUGCCAUGGUCCUUAAGUCGUGACCUAAAUCUAUAGCAUUCAAACCGAGUUUAAUUUAAUUUCUAUAUUAAAAAAACCUUAAAGACUCAAAUCUUUAACAUAAAUACACCCAUUUUAUUAAGUAAAGUACAUUUCAGAGCACAAGAACUGAAGACGACAACUGCUAAAGUUGGUGAUACGGAAAAUAUCAAAUAUCAAAUUGCACAAAAUAAAAACCAAAAGGAAAAAAAUCAUGUAUUUUUACAGCAUUCAGGCCACAUUAAUAAGGAACUGAUUAGGAUCACAAUAUAACACACACCUUUCAAAAUAAAAGACAUGUCAAACAUCAGAUCUGAAUUAAAUAUUUACUUUUUCGACCAGCUGUUUGCGACCCGUCCAGAAUGUGUCCACGACCCACUUUUGGGUCAGGACCCACCAGUUGAGAACCACUUGUGUAGACUCUCUCUCCUGAUUGUGUUUCUUCUCUGUGUGUCUGUGUGUGUGUUUGUGUGUGCAGAUGUACCGUCUGACUCUGCGCUGCAGCAAGGACUCUGUCUCCAAGCGCCUCUGUGAGCUGCUCGCCGAACAGUUCUAGAGUCGCGACCAGAACCAGACCAGAACUCCCACCAUCCCCACCAGCCAGCUGUCCCCGGAGCCCUCCCCCUCUUCCUCCUCCUCCUCUCCUCCCUCCUCCUCCUCCUCCUCCUCCUCCUCCCCCAAACAAAGAGUCUUUGAGUAAAAACAAGUUGUAACCUACAUAAGGGAAAGCAGCCACUGCUAGCAGCAGUGUCAAUAUUCUGUCAUUCUUCUGAUCCCAGAUCAUCUUCUUCUCGUUUAUUAACAUGAUGCUUCGUUCUUGUUUCUGUUGGUGUUUACCUGUGUAGCUGCUGGCCACCACUCUGAGCGCGUGCGAGUGUGAGUGAGUGUGAGUGAGUGUGAGAAUGUGUGUGUGUGUGUCCCUUGGUUGUGCUGGGGUCCCAUUCUGCUGCAUCCUGACUGCUCUGUAGUGCUAAUCAUGGAUAAAUACACACACACCUGUGUGUAUGUGUGUGUGUGUGUGUGAGAGACAUUUCAUUUGAUAAACAUUCCUUUAAGUGUGACGCUGGUUAUUGAACACACCUGCAAACGCACACACACACACAAACGACACUCGAUAUUCCCGGGGUUUUCCCUCAAACAUUCCCAGUAACAGGUCGCUGCAGGUGUUGGGAUGGUCUCAGACCCUCUGCCCCCCAACCCUACAUUUCCUCCUCGUCCCUGUUGUGACACCCUCACCCCUCAAACCCCUGAUCUGAUCCACACGUGUGUGUGUGUGUGUGUGUGUUUUUGAUGUGUGUAAAUAUGUGCAGUGUGUUCCUGUUUUGUUUUCUGAGACAUUCCCAUCAUGCUGGUUUUAAACGACUACGCACAGCAGACACUGUGUGAGGACGGGCGCCGGGUUAGCUCAGGGGGGUCUUUGUUGUAUUUGGGGGGGUUCACUUCUUCUCACAUGUUCUUCCUGUUAAACUGGAACAUUAGUGUCACUUCUGCGCAGCUGUCGGAGGAAGUUUCUCACAUUUAUCGUCACUUCAGCGGUGACGCUGCAGCUCGAUUGUUGUCAUUUUUGUCGCACAUUUCCAUCAAACUUUGAAAGAUUCCUCCACCUCAUUUCUGUCAGGGUUUUCACCAGAUCAGGAAUUUUCUGCACUGCAUCUCCACCAACAAGUCUGCGUAGUUUCACAAAGCGAGAACCUUUCGGGAGUACAAAAAUAUCCUGCGUACUCUCUCGAGUUCCUCCUAAAAAGUCCCUGGUCCCAUGGCUCCACGGGAAGCUGGUUCAGAGUCUGUGGUCUCUGAAGACGUCCGCCGCUUUAGCACAAAUAGAAAUACCCAAAUACUUAAACAGCUUAAAGUGGCUCCGUACGUGUGGGUCUGGACUCAGAGAUCUCAGUCCUGCUCCUCCAGCUGAGGGUUCGUAGAAGAGACCAAACUCGAGCAGAGCGCUGCGUGUUUCCCUCCCCUCCUCUUCUUCUUCCUCAGCGUCUCUCACACGGCAGCCAUCUUCCCUUCAUCUACACUUUUUAAUCUCAUACUUGUGUGUUUCAAGGUUUGAAGGUCUCAGAUUGAAGGAAGUCUGAUGAGUUAUUUUCAUUUCAGAUCUAUCAGUCAAACCAGAAGGUCAUAAUCCGGAUUGAAAUUGCGAAAGUCGGCUAAAAGUCCAACUUUUAGACUCUUCCUAGCGAACACUACCACGAGUUAGGGGCGUACACCUCCUAAUGAACCUGUUAACACUACCAAACUGAAAUAUCAGCCAGGAGGAGCGGAAGUUAGCUGCUGCCUGACACAAACAGGAAAUAUGAAAUGUUGUGAAGUUCACAGUCGUGUUUUUGACGCUGGGAAAUCCAGAGUUAGUGAAACACGAGCAGCACUUAAACGCUGUCACAAUGUCGUCUGAGAAAAAUGGCCGCUGUGUGACUCUGAUGACUGUGAUGGAGGAGGGGGGGGCAGGAUGCCAGACACCCACAUGUCCAUUACAACUACAGGGGACUCUGUGUGUGUGUGUGCGUGUGCAUGUGUGUAAAUGUGUGUGUGUGUGUGGAUGUGCGAGUGUGGCUGUAAGCAGGUAAUAAUAAAAAAUGAAGCCUAAAGACAUUUCUAACCCAUGGUCACAUGACAUUCUGACAGGAAGUUGAACUUUGUAGUGUAGUCAUUCUGUGCGUGUGUGUGUAUGUGAGUGUGUGUGUAUGUGUGUGUGCGUGUCUAUGCAGUAUCCACUAGCUGUUGCAGCCUCAUGUAUCGGUGUUAAAGACCUGUCCAAUACCUGUGUUAGAAUAAGAUUUACUCUGUAAUGAAGAAAUGUGAAAGUAAAAAUAUGCCAUAUAUCCAAAACUCAC